GGAGAAAGGAUAGGCCUGGUGAUUUUCUCCUAACACGACAAGGAUAAAUCUACCGGUUGUACUUAUAGUUUUACGUUUUUUACAACUGUGCUUGAAGAAACAUGUAAUGCGAUUCAAGUUGUGUGACAUUAGACGAAGUGAACAUUGAUAUUUAAUGUAAUAUGAAAAGUUUUCACAUAGAAUAUCGAAAUAAAUUUCCAGAGAAUGGAUGCUUUAAGUGUAUUAAUUGGGAUAGGUCUCAUUCAUUGUUCGUUGUUCUUCUUUGACACAAUUUUUAAGACAUGUUCACAUUAUCCAUAUCUUUACUUUUUAAAGAAUACUGGUUUAGAAAUACAAGCAUUAAGAAUAAAGUGGUUUACAACAGCAUUUAAUCGUAAAAUAAUAAAAUGGGGAAUGGAUCGUUCCAAGUUUUGGACUGCAUGGUUCAAUGCAGGAGUUAUUGUUUGCGUUAUUCUUCUGCCCAUUGCAACAAUUGCAGUUCUAAAGAUGACAUUCAAUAUAUGGACUAAUGGACCAUCUCUUGAUAACAGUAAUUCUGAACCUUUGUUAGAAACCAUGUUACCUGGAAUAGAUGUGCCCUUUAAUGAAAUUGGUUACUAUGUAAUUACAUUAGCAGUUUGUAGUAUUAUGCAUGAACUGGGACAUGCAUUGGCUGCAGCAAGAGAAGAUGUUCAAUUAUUUGGUUUAGGAGUAUUGAUUGCAUUCACAAUACCUAUCGCUUAUGUGCAUAUAAGCAGUGAACAACUUACUGCAUUACCAUUAAAAAACCAAUUACGAGUUACAUGUGCUGGAAUUUGGCACAACAUUGUACUGGCUACAUUUGCUGCAACUGUUCUUAUGCUUUCUACAUGGUUAUGGACACCAUUUUAUUCAGUUGGUAAUGGGAUUUAUGUGAAAACUAUUUUACCAAAUUCGCCUGUAUUAGGCCCAUCAGGACUUCUUGAACAUGAUAUAAUAUACGAAAUAAAUGACUGUCCUAUAAAGCAGAGUGAAGAUUGGUAUGAUUGUAUCUUAAAUACAGUAAAUCAGCCUCCUCUUGGAUAUUGUGUUAAGCAGUCAUUCAUUCAGGAAUAUGAUGAAUCAGUUCCAGCCAGACAAAAAACUAAUGGUGUCAUGAAUUGUUGUACUUCAGAUAGUGAAGUUAGUGGAAGUUUGUGCUUUGAAUAUAUUGAGGGGCCACAAGCUGCUCCUCUCCAUUUACCACCACACUCUUGCCUUCCAGCUAGAAUUAUGAUUAAUCAAUCGCAACAUUUUUGUUACGCGAGUCAUGAAUGUUUAUUUCAUGAUACUCAUUGUUUGAAGCCUUCUCUUGAUAAUGUCACUAAGAUUGUUCAAAUAAAGAGAAGAGAAGGAAAAGAUGUUCUAUUUUUUGGACAUCCUGCGGACAUUUAUCGAACAGUCGAUGUAUCUGAUUGGAUACCGAAAUAUUCAUUUUUAAACUCAAAGUUACCAGAAGCUUUGGUGCUUUUCUGCAAAUACAUUACAAUAUUUUCUGCAGGACUAGCAGUUAUUAAUAUUGUGCCUUGUUUCUUUUUGGAUGGGCAAUACAUUAUAAAUAUACUUGUACUUUAUUUAUUAAAUUUUACACCACAUAAUAAAAAUAUCAGACAAACCAUCAUAUUAACGAUAACAAGUAUAGGUACGUUACUUCUGACCAUAAACUUAUUGUAUUUACUUAUGAAUAAAUUAUUAUAAGUAGUAAGAAAA